AUGUCGCUCAAGAGGGUGUCCAAGAAGGCAUUAUUCUUUCUGGUCGUACCACUUUUGCUGCGUCAAGUGUUGACUACCACCUCAAUCAAUUUUCUUUUUCUGAUUUUGGCUUUUAUUAUUGGGUCCCUGCUAUCUGUCUCAUUGUCAUUGGAGACAUUUCUACGACAGGAGAAAGUGUUAGCAAAUUUUAUAAUAAUUUUUUUAUUGUUCAAACUUACUUUAGUCUCUGCAAGGGUUGUAACAGCAUGUUGUCGUGUGUGUGGAGAUCGUAGCUCGGGAAAGCAUUACAGUGUUUUCACCUGCGAUGGAUGCUCCUGCUUUUUUAAGCGCAGUGUUAGAAAAAGCGCUAUAUAUACAUGUAUAGCUGGAAAAGGAAGUUGUGUGGUUGAUAAAGCACGUCGUAACUGGUGUCCCUAUUGUAGACUUCAGAGAUGCUUUUCUGCUGGAAUGAAUGUUGCUGCCGUUCAAGAGGAGCGAGGACCAAGAAAGCCGAGGAAAUUAACUGGAAGUCUACUUAGUGAGAAAAGGAGCAACAACACAAAACUGUUGAUAGUUUUUAACACGAAGGCUGACCUCGUUGAACUCAAUCUUUUGGAAACUCUUAUAUUAUGUCGUAAAGAGUUUAGUACAAACAAUGACGAGUCUCUACAAUUGGAGCUAAUAUCAGAUAGGGCAUUAUUGGCUCUUGGACGGUACACAAUUCAGAAGGAAUGCCAAUGGCAACGAUUUGGUAAAUUGAUCAUUUGUCUUCGAGGACUCUCCUUUUACACUAAUAGUCUUAAGAACAUCUUCAGACACAUUAUUGGUGAUAUUAUAGAAGAUAGACAUUAGAAAAUGAAACAGCUCUGUCAGAUAUU